GAUAAUUGAAUGAGCGCUGGUGAGUGUGAGAGAGAAGGGGCGGAGCUGCUGACAGGUGGAGAGCUGUCCGCGGUGCUGGAGUCUCCUCCGGAGAUCUUCACCUCAGAUAGACCGCAGCAGACCACACCGCCGCCGGAUGGACUUUUCCCUUCAGCACACCCUCUCACCUUACUCCAAAGAAAAUCAACUCUAAAAUUCCCCAUUCAUGGUGUUUUCCUUUCAUCACCCAGUGGAUCUGAACAUGGCAGUGCGUGGAUUAACAUUGCGCAGGACAGAAACGGAUUUAUUUGCCUGCAUUUUUUGGACUGUGGAAUCAGCUCUUUCAGACUGAACGGGUUUUCUCUUCAUCUUCACAGGACAUCACCCGCUUUUUUUCCCCAUUUGGAGAAGAGGAACAGUUUUCGGAUAUAUAUCUCAACAAUAUGCUCUUUAUUGCCGCACUUCCAUUUCUUAUAGUAUCGUAGGAUUAUUAAAUAUUAAAUAUGGAAAUGGAGCAGGGCCAGGAAAAGGCAAUCCCCACAUCUAAAGAGGGGCUCAAACAAAUUGCGGGCAAGGCCCUGGGAAAGCUGUACAGGAGGCUGGAAAAGAAGCAGCAAACAGGUGAGGCCAUCGAGCUGACGGAGGAUGGGAGACCGAGGAGCGAGGAGGAGCGCCGCGCUCCUCUGUGCGACUGCACCUGCUUCGGCCUGCCCCGCAGAUACAUCAUCGCCAUGCUCAGCGGACUCGGCUUCUGCAUCUCUUUCGGCAUCCGGUGCAACUUGGGUGUGGCCAUUGUCAGCAUGGUCAACAACCGCACGGUUCACCAGAACGGCAAGAUCAUCGUCCUGGAGAAAGCUAAAUUCAACUGGGAUCCGGAGACAGUUGGGAUGAUUCAUGGCUCCUUCUUUUGGGGAUACAUCGUCACUCAGAUUCCUGGAGGGUAUAUUUCCUCAAGGCUGGCUGCAAACAGAGUUUUUGGGGCUGCAAUUGUUCUGACGUCCACCCUGAACAUGUUCAUUCCCUCUGCUGCUCGAGUCCACUACGGCUGCGUCAUCUUUGUCAGGAUAUUGCAAGGCCUUGUGGAGGGAGUGACUUAUCCAGCCUGCCAUGGGAUCUGGAGUAAGUGGGCCCCACCGCUGGAAAGAAGUCGACUGGCAACCAUCUCCUUCUGUGGAUCCUACGCUGGUGCUGUGAUCGCCAUGCCGCUGGCUGGGAUCCUAGUCCAGUACACCGGCUGGUCCUCGGUCUUUUACGUCUACGGCACAUUCGGGUUGAUCUGGUACAUGUUUUGGAUCUUGGUGUCCUACGAGAGCCCGGCUGAACACCCAACCAUCACAGACGAGGAGCGUCGCUACAUUGAGGAGAGCAUUGGCGAAAGUGCCCAGCUCAUGGGAGCCAUGGAAAAAUUCAAAACCCCCUGGAGGAAGUUCUUCUCCUCCAUGCCUGUCUAUGCAAUCAUCGUGGCCAACUUCUGCAGGAGCUGGACUUUUUAUCUGCUGCUCAUCAGCCAGCCGGCGUACUUUGAGGAGGUGUUUGGAUUUGAAAUCAGCAAGGUGGGGAUUUUAUCGGCUCUGCCUCACUUGGUGAUGACCAUCAUCGUGCCACUGGGAGGACAGUUGGCGGACUACCUGCGUACUCACAACAUCAUGUCCACCACAACAGUGCGGAAGAUCAUGAACUGCGGAGGCUUCGGUAUGGAGGCAACUCUCCUGCUGGUGGUGGGUUAUUCCCACAGUAAAGGAAUGGCCAUUUCCUUCUUGGUGCUGGCGGUGGGCUUUAGUGGCUUUGCAAUAUCAGGAUUUAAUGUCAACCAUCUAGACAUCGCUCCUCGCUACGCCAGCAUCCUGAUGGGCAUAUCCAAUGGUGUGGGGACUCUGUCUGGGAUGGUCUGCCCUUUAAUAGUCGGCGCUAUGACCAAAAACAAGACUCGGGAAGAGUGGCAGUACGUCUUCCUCAUCGCUUCCCUUGUCCACUAUGGAGGAGUGGUGUUUUAUGGGAUCUUCGCCUCCGGAGAGAAGCAGCCGUGGGCCGACCCGGAAGAGACCAGCGAAGAGAAGUGCGGCUUCAUCGACGAGGAUGAGCUGGCAGAGGAGACCGGUGACAUCACGCAGGGCUACGGUGCCAUGGGUGGUCCGGCUAAAAGCUACGGUGCUACAGCGCAGCUCAAUGGCGGCUGGGUGCAGGACUGGGACAAGACGGAGGAGUACAUCCAGGAACCAGCCGGAAAAAUGUACUCGGAGCGCGGGUACUCCUAGACCCCAGCAGAUUGCACAAAUGAGCAUUAAUAUAGACGGAUAAAAAUCAUUCUGUGUCUACGAUACAUGGUCUCUAAAAUAAAUAGUCUAUUGCAAAGCAGAACAAUCCUUAUUAGCCUGUGUAGACGUACAGUAGAGAUGGAGAAAGACAACUGCAGGUCUUUGUUGUAGUUAGACCAACACCUCAUGAAAUUACUUGAACCACAUGAGCCAGAUGACACCGCAGUUCAGCACACACUCCUAUAUAAAUAUAUAUAUACAUAGCUAUAUACAGAUAGACACGACGUCUAGGUUCCCUUUCUCUGAAAUACAACUCUGAUUGCACUGAAACUAGUACAAGUAUUCUCAAACAAGAUUCUGUUCCGUUCCACAAGUGUGUUUUAUGUACUGUACAUAUCUGUAUACUGUUUCUGUGAGACUAUUGUGGACUUGGGUCGUUGAUCUGUGUUUAACAUAAAUCUAAAAAGGCCAUAUUUUUCAUGGACAGUACCUUUUCAGGGAGAUGUCUGCUUGCAAAAAAUAAAGGUCUCCUUCUCCGGCGAGGCCAACAAUACAUGACAAAAAUAGUGUGAGUGACCUGUAGGAUUUCAGUGUGUGUGUUUGUUGCAUGAAAUUGCUCAGAUCAGUGUUCAGAUGCAGCCGCCUGCGCUCACACACCCGAGAGGCUUCCCUCGGCUUUGUUCCUAGAAAAGCAUCCUCUGCCAUAUGAAUAAUAUUCACAGUAAUAUACUUUUGAAAUCAGGUUCUGCUUGUGAUGUGAGACAAAUCAAAAAAAUUAAAAAAAGAAGUUCGACAGGCGGUUGUUUAAAGACGAAGUGUAUUGAUGUUUGGUGUGCACUGCAAUAAAUCCUGUGUACCAGCUGCUGAUCAUCACAUUCUGUUUUGUAACGUAACACUGGCUUGCUGUAUCUAACUGUAAUUGUUUUAGAGUCAUGUGAUGAUCAACAUUACGGGGUGUUUUUUUGUUUGUUUCUUUAUUUUUUCUUUAUUUUUUCUUUUUU